AUAGCGCGAAUUUGCGAGUAAUUUUGCAUCUUGUUCUCCUUGUUACUCAUACAGUUGCAGUGAUGCCUUUUAAAAAUGUCACCGUCUUGAGUUAAAUAGUGAGUAGGAGCCAAAAUGUCAAUGAAAGGUCACACUUAGACACCGGGGAACUAGAACGUGUUGCAAAUUUGCUUUUUAGCUUGUGUUUGUGGGGUUACGGGGUCCAAAGGUAAGCAUGACAGAGCAAAGCAUUGACCCUAGCUUGUGACAUUCGGCGCAUAUUGUUUUUUUUUUUUUUAACUUAUAAGCGCCAUUAGGGAAGCAUUUACCUCCGCUUGAAGUCCUUCGUGUAGGGUUUGAGGUAGGGGUCCAUUUGGAGGAGAGUGUGGAACUCUGGAAUGGUAACAUUAUCCCCCUGUUCCGCCAUGGUUUCAGUCACGAGGGUAAAGCAAUCGAGCUCCGAGCCCGGCUUGUUCCCUCUCUCGCUGCGUGGGAACAAAGAGCAGGCGGUUGUGUUUACCGCCGAGAGGAGCCGACUUGAAGCGAACAUAGCCGAGUGCGACUGUGACGCCUGCCGAGCUACGUCAGAGGCGGAGCUAUCUCUCCCGCCGCCAUCCAAUCGGCUUCGGCACGGGAGCCGCGGGCUGCACGCGCACGCUGCCGACAAGCAGUCAGCUCCGUCCCGCUCUAGAAGAGGACCAACGUCUCCCCUCCGAUCUCCGUCCUCCGCAUCUCAUCCGUGCAAGUUCCUCCAUGUAAAGUGCGCGCACCCCGUCUGGAUAAGUAACCCCCCUUGUACCCGCGGAUCGCCGAGUCACGACAAGAGGCGAUGAUGAUGCUCCAGCGGCACUUGCUCUUCCUCCUCUUCAGCAUUUUUGGAGUGGAAGGGACAAAAAGCAAACCCAGAGGCGGUCAAGGUCAGUUCCCCAUCACUCAGAACGUGACAGCACUGGAGGGCUCCGCUGCCAAUAUGACCUGUCGGGUGGACUUUAACGACAACACCUCCCUCCAGUGGUCAAAUCCGGCGCAGCAGACGCUCUUUUUCGGCGACAAGAAAGCUCUUCGGGACAACCGGAUCGAGCUGGUGCGAGCGUCGCGGCAGGAGCUGAGCAUCCGCAUCAACGACGUCAGCCUGGCCGACGAGGGCCAAUACACGUGUUCGCUCUUCACCAUGCCCGUCAAGACCACCAAAGCCUUCCUGGCCGUCUUGGGGGUGCCGGAGCGGCCCGAGAUCACGGGCCUGGCCGGUCCGGCCCUGGACGGCGAGGUCAUCGCCCUCACCUGCACCUCAGCGGGUGGCAAGCCGGCCGCUCGCAUACGGUGGUUCCGCAACGAUAAGGAGGUUCAAGGCACAAUGGACGUAAGUGCCUCGGGCAAAUCGUGGACGGUGAGGAGCAGCCUCCGCUUCCAGGUAGACCGUUUCGACGACGGCGUGGCCUACACCUGCCUGGUGGAACACGAGUCGCUGGACAACCCCUACAUGACGACCGAAGUCCUGGAGGUCCACUAUGCGCCCUACGUGAAGAUCACGCAUUCCAUGAUCAUCCCCCAGGAAGGCCAGUACUUCAAACUGGAGUGCGUUUCCAGAGGGAACCCAAUACCCGAGCCGGUCCUGUGGACCAAAGACGGCGGCGACCUCCCCGACGCGGAGCGCAUGAUCGUGGAGGGCCAGGAGCUGACCAUCACCACGCUCAACAAGACAGACAACGGCACGUACCGCUGCGAGGCCAGCAACCACCUGGGCACCAGCAGCGCCGACUACGUACUCUUUGUAUACGACCCAAACGCCGUGGGACAGCACGGACCGGACCACGCUGUUAUCGGCGGCGUGGUUGCCGUGGUGGUCUUCAUCACCUUGUGUUUGAUCAUUCUUCUAGGACGUUACUUGGCCAGACAUAAAGGCACGUAUCUCACGCACGAGGCCAAAGGGUCCGAGGACGCCCCCGACGCCGACACGGCCAUCAUCAACGCGGAAGGCAACCACGUACACGCCGAGGAGAAGAAGGAAUACUUCAUUUAAGCUUUGCUUUGCUACUUUGGGACGAACAAACAUGCAAUUUCAAGCUGCCUCAGUGUCUUUUUUUGUUUUUGUUUGUUUUUCUCGGACUAUCAUUCACUGACUAUUUUUAGUUCCAGCGGAAGGUGCCUCCAUCUUUGUUUUUCUGCACACGUUCAAGUACAACCCGAGCGGAAUUUAUUUUCCGCGAUCCCCACACCGAAAAGGCAAAAUGUAGAAGCACAAUUCUCUCGGGUAGAUCAUUCGGUAUUUUUCUUGUUUGCCCGUUUUUCCGAAGCACAAAUUCGCGAGGGCUCAAGCGAGGAAACCCCACGCCAUCUGGUUCUCGUCUCAGGAUUCAAACCGGGAAAAUGUCGGCUCAAGCCCCCCGCCAGUCCGUCCAAUGUGAAGGUGAAGGAAGCGAGGUGUCCCCCUGUUGGUCGGGGGGGGGGGGACUAUGCUCGACGUGUGCAUAUUGCUAUAAAUACGUUGCUAUUAUGUGGUUGGUGAAGAAUAUUGUGGAUUCCUUGGCACUUUUGUAUGUAAGCGUUUCCAUUGAAAAGCAUGAGCGUAAAUAUUAGUGGGUUGAAAUCAAAUAAAUUCAAAUUGAAGGAAUAAAUAAUACAUAAAUAAAUUCAAAUUGAAGGAAUAAGUAAUACAUAUAUAAAAUACUAGAAAGGAGAAAAAAAAUGAUUUAAUUGCUCCUUUAUUUUUUUUCCCCUUGAAUUUUUAAAAUCUUUUAUUUCAGAAAAUGUUUUCUAUUUUUUAAAUGUUUUUAUUUUUUUUUUUUAUUUGUGACAUAAAUAUUUCGAUAAAAAUAUUUGAGUUUUAUGGUGUAUUAGGAUUAUUUUAAUGCGCUGUUUAAUUAUCUAUAUUUUGCUGCUAUUUAUUUUUUUGUAUUUUCUCAUUUUAAGCUGUAUAUUUUAAUGUAAUG